AUGAGUGGUCAAGGGGGUCAAGAUGCGAAAUUCUUCCAGCGGGGGAAGAUACAGGAAUUUCGUGCAGAGUUGCAGGCUGCAGAAAGCAAGGACAAGAAAUUUACGAAACGUAAGACUGUUCUGAAGAAGAUUGUUGCCAAUAUUACGAUGGGCAAUGACAUGUCACCGUUGUUCACGGACGUCAUCCAAUGCUUGGGCAUACCACUACUUGAGAUCAAGAAGAUGGUUUAUUUGUUUCUCGUCUGUUAUGGCAGGUCAAAGGCAGACCAAAUACACCUCGUAAUCCCUAGCUUUCUACAAGAUUGCAAUGACCGUAAUCCACUUGUCCGCGCUCUAGCAAUCCGGACGAUGUCCUACAUACCUAUCCCAGUCGUUACCGAGGCACUGACAGAACAACUCCGACAUUGUCUAAAGGACCGGGACCCAUACGUUCGCAAGACUGCCGCUAUUUGUGUUGCUAAGCUGUACACAGCGGAUCCACGCAAGGCCGAGAGAGGUGGCUUUGUGGAGAUGUUACGAGAUUUGAUGCUCGAUAGCAAUGCCACUGUCGUCUCUAAUGCAGUGGCAGCCUUGUCCGAAAUUGGUGAUAGACAAGACGGCGUCAUCUUCAAGUUGAAUUUGACUGUGGCAAACAAACUCCUGACGGCAUUGGGUGAGAGUUCGGAAUGGGGCCAGAUCUAUAUAUUGGAUUCGCUGUUACGCUAUGUGCCCGAGAGGCAUGAAGAUGCCGAGCUUAUGGCAGAGCGUAUCAUAGUCCAACUACAACAUGCCAAUUCUGCGGUGGUGUUGACAACUAUCAAAGUUCUACUGUAUCUCAUGAACUACAUGGACAACCGCCGUCUUAUGGAGUACAUAUGCAAGAAGAUGGGCCCCCCGCUAGUUACACUUCUCUCGUCGGGGCCGGAAGUUCAAUAUGUAGCGUUGCGGAACAUUCUUCUUAUUAUUCAGCGGCGGCCUUCAGUCCUCAAGAAUGAUGUCAAGGUAUUCUUCUGUAAAUACAACGAUCCAAUAUACGUCAAGUUGGCCAAACUCGAGAUAAUGUAUCGGCUUGCACGCGAAGAGAACGCCAAGGAAGUGUUGGCAGAACUACAGGAAUAUGCCUCAGAAGUCGACGUUGAUUUCGUGCGCAAGGCUGUGCGCUCAAUUGGCCGUCUGGCCAUCAAAGUCGAACCUGCCGCGGACGAUUGCAUCCAAGCGUUACUAGAUCUCAUAGAGACGAAAGUAACAUAUGUGGUACAAGAGGCCGUCAUUGUCAUCAAGGAUAUUUUCCGACGUUAUCCCGGGAAAUACGAAGGAAUCAUCCCUACUCUCUGCGAGAAUCUUGAUUCUUUGGACGAACCGGAGUCGAAAGCAGCGAUGAUCUGGAUAGUGGGCCAAUUCGCAGAUCGUAUCGACAAUGCGGACGAGUUGAUGGAUGAUCUCACCUACACCUUCAUGGAAGAAUCCGUUGAGGUUCAACUAGCACUGCUGACUGCGUCAGUUAAGCUGUUCAUCUACAAGUCUCAAUCGGAUACUAGCAAAGCUUUGGUUCACAAAGUCCUGAAAUGGGUCACAGAAGAGGUAGACAAUCCCGACUUACGAGAUCGCGGGUUCAUGUAUUGGCGCCUUCUCGCUAUUAAUCCAGCUGUAGCUGGAGAAAUCGUUUUGGCUGAGAAACCGGCGAUUACCACGGAUGCAGACCGAAUGGACAGAGGAGCAUUGGACCAGCUUCUACUCCACACUGGGACGCUGGGAAGCAUAUACCACAAGAAUCCGGAGACAUUCAUCCGCAAUGCCGCAGGCAAGGCGUUGACUGACAGUCCCGCGCUGAACACGUUAUCACGACAAGUGCUCGUACCUGUUGCACGCAAUAACCUUCCACCCACAGCGAUACGCAUCCCUGGCCCUGGACCUCCAGAGCCACCUAAACCAUCUGCGGAACCCGUGCGGACAAACGGCAGUCUAAUGCCCGUACCGACGGCCUCGAGCUCCAACACGGACUUGAUCGACGUGAGUGCAUCGCAGGAGGGAGGUGAGGAGGGCGAUGGUGAAGGCGAAGGUGAGGAAGAGGAGUAUGCUGCGGCGCCCAUGGGCACCGUUGAUCCCUAUGCGAACCUGGACAAUGCCUUCGAGGGUUACCUUGCGGAUGAGCCACGGCCGCAGACGAAUAACAUGUUAUUACAGGCGUGA